CAAAAGAUCAACAAGAGAAGUUUACAAAGUUUGAAGGUUUAUGAAUAAUUAAAAUAGAGACUAGCACUUUUCGUGCUACAUAUUCUUGACCGUUGAAUAGGGUCAGCAGUGCGUAACAUAGCGUGAUUGCACAACUAUUUGCUAUAUAAUAUUUCCUUCUCAUUUAUUCGGUGCUUGCGAAUUAGGACAUAUGUUCCUUGUUAUGGGAGGUUUAAUCCAUGACAUGGUCGACCCAGGUUAUAGCAAUACCUGAACAAAGAACUACAUGUAGUUGUGCUUCUAGAACGUAUCGGUUAAACAGUGCUGAAAACAUUUUGUGUAUUGAGACGUUUAAUUUACCAAACGGAAAGCAUAUCGAAUGUUUCGCCUUAAGGCUGAUUUACCGAUUUUGAAUUUAAAAUUCUGGCAUUCAAGUCAAGAGGAUACGGAAAUAGUAAAUGACUUGCAGUGUUUCGUUUCAAAGUUCAUGAGGUUGUGUGUGAAAUAGUUCUUAUUGAUAGCGAGAAUACGGGACAGAUAUUCUGGGGAGAUAUAAUAAUGUGGAAUUUUCGAUAAUAAAACAUGGGAUGUUUAAAGUCACGGUUUGCUUCCAACAAUAACAAGGAAAAAUACGUCCAGCCGGAAGAGCCAGAACUAACAGACACACAGAUUGAAAUUUUAGAGAAAUCAUGGGAAUCACUUAAGCAUGAUAUUGCAAAAGUUGGAGUUAUAACUUUCAUGAAUUUAUUUCAAACCCACCCAGAAGUACAAGAUGCCUUUUUGCCAUUCCAGCAACUUUCCAAAGAGGACAUGGAACAUAGCGCCAUUCUACGGUCUCAUGCUCUGAGGGUUAUGGGAACUGUCGAAAAGUGCAUAGGCAGAAUAAAAACUCCCGAAAAAUUACAUAACCUCAUGCACGAACUUGGAGAGAGGCAUACACAUUACAAUGCACGAUACGACUUUGUCGAUCUGGUUGGAAAUCAAUUUGUCAUUGCCAUUAAGCCUCAUUUUGGCGACAGGUGGACACAGGAAAUGGAAUCUGCAUGGGUGCAACUUUUCAAGGUCAUGACCUUUCAUAUGAAAAGGGGGCUGAUAGAUGCACCGGUAGUGACAUAUUGAGUGAACAUCGAUUGAUGACGUUUGUCCAAACAUUCCAUCGAGUCUCUUUCCAUUAUAAAAAACAAGGCAAUAGUAAAGAUAUUACUAGUAUAUCAUAUAGAAACAUCGAACAAUGUAUAUGUGAUAGUUUUGAUUAUUCUUAGGAAUCAACCUAUGUGAUAAUGUAGGUAAAGUAUAAUAUUCAUGUAAUAUUAUAUUAGACGCUGGAUAUUUGAAGGUACAUGUAAUAGUUACAAACUUGCAGAAUAGUACUGGAAUACAAUUUCUUACCUUAAUAAAUGCAUAAAAUACCUA